UCACGUUCUCUGGGUGGAUAGGUCGGGAAUAAAUCACCGUGGGAACCCCCUGCGCUCACACCCACACCCACCCACACCUCCUUCCUCCUUUUCGCGAUCUGCCUCCACGCCUCCCAGCCGUCGGAUUCCCUUUUUGUCGCUAGAAGGUGAACGUCAUGGCAGGAGGACUGAAGAGCACUGAACCGGAGGAGGAGUUUGUGCACUCGCCCUUCAUCCGAAAGCAAGGCAACAUUUACAAGCCCAACAACAAGAAGCAGGACGGGGACAUGGACAACGACAGCCUCAACGAGAAGUCCAUGAUGGAGGACGUGCACACGAAGGAGAUCGACCUGGUCAAUAGAGAUCCCAAGAACAUCAACGACGAUGUGGUCAAGGUGGACUUUGUGGAUGUAAUAGCCGAGCCGGCGGGUACGUACAGCUUCGACGGCGUGUGGAAGGCCAGCUUCACCACCUUCACCGUCACCAAGUAUUGGUGCUACCGCCUGCUGACGGCAGUGGUUGGCAUCCCAUUGGCGCUGGUGUGGGGCAUCUUCUUCGCUAUCCUGUCAUUUGUGCACAUCUGGGCUGUGGUGCCCUGCAUCAAGAGCUACCUGAUCGAGAUCCACUGCGUCAGCCGCGUCUACUCCAUCUGUGUGCACACCUUCUGCGACCCGCUCUUUGAGGCCAUGGGCAAGUGUUUCAGCAACGUGCGGAUCAGCACCACAAAGGAGGUGUAGGCAUCAUUCGGAGGAUGAUUCACGGGGGGUUGAGGGGCCGGGUGAGGGUAGGGGCAAGUCUGAUCGGACAUUAUCACAGGAUGGACAUUCCGAGCAGUUUGACAGGGAAGUGGUGGUAUUCCUAGAUCUUUCCCUCGUGUUUAUAGCUACCACAUAAGUCCACCCCACGCGAGCAACUGAAGCAAUUGAUUUGUGAUUCGUGGUAGGUCUACCAUUAAAUGAAUGUGGAUAGCUUCAACUGUUGUAUAAAAGUGAAAUACAAUAUGUCUCGUUUUGUUUCAAUGUUCGCUCUAUGUUUGUAAUGCGCCGGAGUUGUGAGUGAACUCAUUCGUUGCCCUUGACGGCGAUAGACGAAUCCAUGUCAAAUGGAUUAAUGUCAAUCCCCACCAAUGGCGCUCAAUGAUUUAAGGAGUGAGCAGAUCAACAAAUUGAGGUUUAGUGUUUUGUACUAUCAUGUGUGGAGUCUCUUUAUGUGGUUGCUGGGUUUACACAAAGCGACAUUCACCUGUUUGUUCGUGGAGGGACGCCCCGUCGUAGCGCUAGCUCGGCAGUUGCUCGAAACCUGCUGACACCGCACAACCAAACAACCAUUGAUCCCUUCACACUCCCGUGCCUGUGACCACCAAAAAGACCCCCCUUCCCUCCUCCCUGGCUUUGCUGCAGUCCAACACACUGAACCCGCCGCCCCUUUUUUCACCGUCCACCACCCUAGAGUCCAACACGCAACCUGCUGCUCACUCACUCGCUUUGAAAAAAAAAACAAAUUUGAUGUAAAGACUUGACUUGGACUCGCUUUGCUUUGAGUUUUUUUCACAUACAAGAGAAAAAUAUUUUUUGGGUUGUUUGUUUGCACGUUAACGUUUUUCAACCAAAAACUAACAACUUUUUUUUUAAGUUCGUAAAAUGAUGACACAAACUGUGAUGUGCUUCUUUGUGUCAUUUGUCAUUCAAAAACUUAAUGUGAUAUCUCCCAUGCUUCGCUUUUCACAUUUGCACGCUUUGUUUCCCUGCUGUUUAUUUCCUCACAGUGGGCUCAAAAGGUGAUAUUUUUAUAAGAAAAAAAAUUUGGUUUUUUUUCCAUUCCUUGCCUUUACUUGUAUAAUAUGCUGUGCACAUUAAAGUAAAAUAUGGCCA